UUGCAGUUCCGAGCGAAUGAUCGAAUCACAAUCAUUGAACGGGUGGACGCAGACUGGUUACGUGGGCAGCUGCAGGGUCGAGAGGGCAUCCUUCCGUCCAAUUACGUCUCAUGUCCGGACAUUGACCGUGUGCCGAUGUCUCAACUUGCCGUACAAACUGGUCCACUUGAGAAAAUGACUGCAGCGUAUGACUACUCGUCAGGUGUAGCAGGCGAUUUGGUGUUCAAAGCUGGUGACACAAUAGAAGUGAUUGCUCAGUUGGAUGAACAGUGGGUUCGCGGACGAGUCAAUGGUGAAGAAGCAAUCGCCGAUCAUUGCUCAGAUGACCCAGAUAAACUGUAUUUUUCCAAGGGAGACAGAAUAAUCAUCACCGAAGACGUGGACAGUUACUGGUACCGCGGAAAAGUUGAAGGUUUCAAAACAUUACCGGCUGGAAUAUUCCCAAAAGCUCUCGUCAAAGAAGAUUAG